AUGGGCUCCACGUGCAGCCGGCCAAGACGGCAGCGCUUGACUGACAAAGAAAUUCAAGCAAUUCUUUUCGAAUACCCUAGUGGAAGUGAGGACGAAAACUUGGAGGGGUCGGAUUGCGAUGAAGAAUACACGCCGCAGGAGAGAACAGUGCAGAAUGUCAGCGAAAGCUCUUCAGACAGUGAAGUGCAGGUCACAUCAACCAAAAAAAAGAAGCAAACAAAAAUUUGGCACUGGGUGAAAAAGGACAUCAAUAUCAAUCGUGGAGAGUAAGAAAGUUUGAAGCCUGCGGACGGUUUAGAAAGAGUGAAGAGCCCCUUGAGCAUGUUCCUGAAACUCGUUGACUCUGACCUCAUUGGGUUCCUCACUUUCGAAACGAACACAUUCAGGACCCAAGAAAAUCGCACGCGAAUCCUUCCGGUGUCAGUCCUCGAGAUGCGCACAUUUAUUGGCAUUGUCCUUUACAUGUCUGCUGUUGACCUUCCUUUUAGAAGGAUGUACUGGUCAGCGAACACUCGUCAAGCGGAUAUCGCCAACUGCAUGACAAAAAAUAGGUUCGACGAAAUCAUGUCUCGAUUUCAUGCAGGGAACAAUGAUGAAGCGCGAGAAAAAGGAGAAGGCUAUGACUGUCUCCAUAAGGUGCGACAUGUGCUUACGAGCCUAAAUAACACAUUUUCACAAGCUGCCAAACUUGAAACUUGCGUUGCUGUAAGUGAAAUGCUUAUUCCUUUCAAGGGCAGACAUUCUCUGAAAGUUUAA